AUGUACGGCCGACUGAAGACGCGCAUCCUUGAUCGUGUGAAAAGCGAGCUGGCCAAACUGCUCGAUGUUUCGGAUUCGACACUAGAAUUCCUCCAGCACCUCAAUCGUUUUUGGCUUGAUCACUGCGAUGAGAUGAAUAAUAUACGCGGCUUAUUUCUGUAUAUGGAUCGUGCCUUCAUUAUGCGCUAUCCCAACAUGUUACCGCUUUGGGAUCUUGGAUUGGAAAUUUUUUGCAACGAAGUGAUGAAUAAUACACAUAUUCGAAAGCGUUGUGUUGAUGGCGUUCUCAGAAUGAUUGAAAGUGAGAGAAGUGGUGCACAGGUUUGUUAUAAUUGCUUUGAACAGUUGAUCUUUCCUUGUGCAUUUACAUUGAGCUAUGAAUACAAACCGGUGGUUAGCGCCAGCAGGCUGCAACACAUCCCGAAUGAAGUACUCUGA